AUGGCCUCCACACCCUCAACAAUCCUCCUCCUAGGAACAUGCGACACCAAACUCCCAGAACUUCUCUACACAAAAGCAGCCAUAGAAUCCCAAACCGAUCCCAACACUAACAAAAGACUACAAGUCCACUUAAUGGAUAUCGGCCACACCCAAACAACCCACGACUCCAUAACAACAACCCAGCAAGACCUCCUCACACCUUCCAACAACACCAACACUAGAAUUCCCGAUCUAUCAACCCUUUCACGAGCAGAAUACAUAAAGGCCCUAACACCCCACGCCAUAUCCCUAACCUCAAACCUCUACAAAUCUCACCAAAUCCACGGAAUCCUAGCGAUAGGCGGAUCCUGCGGCACAGCCCUAGCAAGCGCCGUAAUGCGCGACGCCCUACCAGUAGGAUUCCCAAAGCUAAUGGUCUCAACAAUGGCAUCCGGAGAUGUUGCGCCGUAUAUCGGCGAAACAGAUAUCUGCAUGAUGUAUAGUGUUGUUGACAUUGCGGGUACGAAUCGGGUUCUUGGGACUGUUCUUGAGAAUGCGGCUAUGGCUAUUGGGGGGAUGGGGGUUGGGUAUUUACGACGAUCUCUGGCUGAACAGGAACAGAGGGAGAAAGAUGGGGAUGCGGGUGGGAAGAGGUCUGUUCAAAUCGCCAUUUCGAUGUUUGGUGUUACAACACCUGCCGUUACGCACGCACGUCACCAUCUCGAAUCUAUCCUGCCGGAUUGUGAAGUGUAUGCCUUCCACGCGACUGGAUCUGGAGGACGAGCCAUGGAACGGUUAAUCCGGGAAGGGCGGAUCGAUGCUGUGCUUGAUUUGACCACGACGGAGAUUGCAGAUGAAGUUGUUGGUGGUGUUUUGAGUGCCGGACCUGAAAGACUUUGCGCAGCGACGAAACGUGAAAUUCCUCGAGUUGUUAGUGUUGGUGCGUGUGAUAUGGUUAAUUUUGGGUGCUCUGAUAGUAUUCCUGUUUCGUUCCGAGAGCAGAAGAUGGAGGGUGGUGAGGGGAGGGUUUUUCAUGAGCAUAACGAGACUGUUACUCUUAUGAGGACUACCAAGGAGGAGUGUGUUCAGAUUGGGAGGGUUAUUGCGAGGAAUUUGAAGAGGGAUAAGAGUGGGAAGACAAGGGUUGUUUUGCCAGUUGGCGGAAUAAGUAUGCUUGAUGUUCCUGGGGGCCCGUUUUGGGAUCCUAAGGUUGACGAGGUUUUAUUCUCGACUUUGGAGGAUGAGCUGACAGGGAGUGGUAUUAAGGUCAUGAGGGAUUCUCGGGCGAUUAAUGAUCCUGAGUUUGCGGUUGUUGUUGCUGAUGAACUGAUUAACUUGAUUCAGGGGGAGGGAGUACAUUUAUAG